GACUUUCUAUAUGAAUAUAUUGCAUCUUGCUGUGGUGUAAGCCAUGGAUAUGUGCUGAGGUUCUUCAUGUUUUGAACAAAUCCGCCCUCUUCAAGCUACUCUAAAUCUCCAUAUCGAGUAAAACAAAAGCGAAACUUUAGCACUUAAACCUCUUCGACCCAGAGUGACUCGACAUUACACACUCAGUUAUGGACGAAAAUUUUCCCUUUGCCCUGAUCGUGGAGGGAAAAUGGGACCCCAGGACCCCCAAGCUGAAAAACAAGCUCACUAUUUAUUUCCAGAGCAAAAAGUCUAAUGGAGGAGACUGUGUGGUACAGUACGAGGUUUCUGACGGCCAGACAGCGACGGUGUGCUUCAAAACGGAAGAAGUGAGACAGAAUGUUCUUGAGAAGCAAAGCCAUGAAAUAAAGCUGGGUAAAUGCUUUGUGAGCCUCAGUGUUUAUCUUCCUCCGACUGAGGCCAAACCAAGUCAGGAAACAAAGUCUUUGGUUAACACAGGUCAAACAGAAGAAUUGUCUACCAAAAAUGAAACUAAAGAAGAAGAGGACAUUGGGCCGGGUGAAGACAGUGAGGAGUCAUCUCACAAAUCAGCUGUGAUCAAAAACAUCCAGAACCUGAAACAUGAGUUCCUGGAUAUGCUGGUAGAGAACGUUCUCAGGGAAAGCCCUGAGUCAAAAGACGUCAGCAUAGAAGUCAUUCCUGAGUGUGAUUGUGCUGUGGUUACUUUUACUAACAACAAAGAUGCAGUACGCUUCAUUAAAUCUUGCCCAGAGAACUCAAUUUUCAAGAAGAAGAAUCUGGAAAUCAGUCCUCUUGAGAUGACUACAAAGGUGCAAGUAGAAGAUUUAUCAGACAUGAACUCUGACUAUAUCAUGCUUUAUUUUGAAAAGUAUGGUGAAAUAGAGGGCGACGUGGAAAUGCUUGAAGAUAACGAAUCGGCUAUAAUCACUUUUAAAGUUCACGCAGAUGUAAACAAGGUUCUUGGAAAACAACAUCAGAUUAGAAAAAGCCCCAUCAGAGUAUUUCCAUACUACGAAUCACUGGGAGUUGCCCUCUAUGGUAAAGAGAGACCCACUUUGAAACUCCCAGAAUCUUUGAUAGAAAAUAUUGAUAAAUCUGUCUGGAAAUAUCUUCAAGAACACCAGAAAACAUUGGAUCUAAUCAUGCAAGAUAUGCAGAAGCAUUUCUGCCACUUGGAGUUUCAAGACCCAGCUGUAAGAAUCAGUCCUCUACCUUCCAUCCUUCAUCAAGGUGUACAGACAAAGAAACUUGUCCAGAUGUGGAGGGAGAAGGCAUCUGCUGAGUUCACUACUGCAAUGUCCAAAUAUAAGUCACUAGAAAUCAAGAUUGAGAGAGAAGCAUGGGCUGAACUAGAAGCAGAAGUCCACAAGCUGUUGUCAUCUGAACCUGUAACCUUGAUCCUUCACAAAGCUCAAGGAAUGAUGAUCAUCGCAGGCCUUGUGGAAGAUGUACGCAGAACUGGGGAUGUGGCACAGAAUACUGUUAACAGGAUUACACAAAAAAUCCAAAGAAAGAAGAGCAGCAUUGAAGAUGAGAUCUCCAUGACUCGAUCUAUUUAUGAGCUCAUCAUGAAAGAUGGUUUGGAGUACGAAAUCUGCAGCUUCCUUCCAGAACUGAAGCUGGGUUACAAUGCUCCCAGUCAAAAGUUAACUCUUUUUGGGAUAAAACAAGACGUUUUGGAGUCAAAGAAUAAGAUUUUGCAAGAGGUUCUUGGCCUAAAUCGGAGAAUGAUAGAACUCCACCCAUCUAUUCUGCAGUUUCUGAUUAUGGGAGACAUAGAAGAACUGACCAAUGAACUUUUCUCAUCCAAGGGAAUCCGUACAUCAUUGGAGAUUAAGAACAACCAGGCAUUUCUUGUUGCUAAAACAGAGAAGUCCUUGAAAGAUAGUGAAGAUCAGUUGAAAGCACAAUUAUAUCAUGCAUGCAUUGAUAUGGAAGAUAGCAGUGUGCUCAAGAUGGCAGAAUGGCAAGAUCUUGUUGACAGCUUAAUUAACACAGUGAAUUCAUCAGUUAUGAGGAUGCUAAUAGACACAUCAGAUAGCCAAGUUGUGAUUUCUGGAUUUGCUGAAUCAGUGAAGUUUGUUCAGGAACAGCUGUCUGAUUAUGUGCUGAACAAUUCUCUCAUUACCACAACCCUGCACGCCGAUAAGAUUAUUGUAAAUUUUAUAAAGGAGCACAAAAAGGAAGAUUGGAGUGAAAUUGUGAAAAACAAUGUAAACAUUAGCUUUAAGGAUGAUACCGUCUCUCUGAGUGGUCCAAGGUUUCAUGUCUCUGAGUGUAAACUUAUCUUUGAGAAUCUACUUUCGUCUGUUUACUGCGACAUCUUUAAAGUAGAUAAGCCUGGUGCCAAGAAGUUUUUUAGGAAUAAGGAAUUGAUGAUUGUUGAAACAGCUAAGACCAAAAUGGGGUGUGUUGUCAAGUUGGUAGAUGAACAUGAGCUGAACCAGAUUUCUUCUAACAUCACAGAAAAAAUAAGAGCUCGUACUCCUCAUGGAGUGGAGAUUGUAGUCAACAAAGGUGACAUGUGCGUCUAUCCUGUAGAUGCUAUAGUGAAUGCAGCCAAUGAAAAGCUUGACCUCAGUGGAGGUCUAUCAAAAGCACUUUCUGAUGCUGCAGGACCGCAACUGCAGGAAGAAUGUAAUCAGAUGAUUAAAAUCCGGAAACAGUUGAAGCCAGGUGAGGCUGUCCUUACUAAUGCUGGACAAUUGCCUUGCAGGCAUGUAAUUCAUGCAGUAGGACCACACUAUGAUAGUUCUAACCCUCAGAAUGCAGUUACCCUUUUGAAAAAUGCUGUAAGAAGGAGUCUGAAUCUUGCUGACAGAGAGUAUUGCCAGUCAUUAGCAAUACCAGCCAUUAGUUCAGGCAACCUUGGAUUCCCACUAAACCUUUGUGCAGACACCAUUGUUUCAGCACUGAAAGAAUUCUUUGAGCUACUAAAUGGAGACACGUGUUUAAAGGAGAUCCAUCUGAUUGACAAAAAUGAUAAAACCAUUGCGGCUUUAGAAGCUGCAGUGCAGAAUGUGUAUGGGGGCAGUUCCACAAGACAGGGCCCAGCAUUCAGGGGUAAUUCGAGAGUCCCACAGCAAAACCCCAAACCGUCAACCUCGUCAAACCAAGGAUCAUCCCAGAGUGUUAAGACGAAUGAAGGGUUGACUAUUACUCUUGCAACGUGCAACAUUCAGGACACUUCGUUCGAUGUGGUUGUGAACUCUGUAUCAUCUGACCUGGCCCUUAACCAUGGAGCUAUUGCACAAGCCAUUCUUGCUGCAGCAGGGCCCCAGAUUCAGACACUUCUUAACCAGCAGGCUACAGGACCUGCAAACAAUGGAGCAGUCUUCAUCACUAGUGGUUGCAAUCUAAAAAACAAAUUGGUGUUUCAUGCUGUUGCCCCACACUGGAACCAGGGAAAAGGAUCAGCACAGACGUUGGAAGGCAUCAUGGAUGAAUGCUUAGGUCAGGCAGAACAACAGAAGCAGGGGUCUAUUGUGUUCCCUGCUAUUGGAACAGGGAACUUGGGAUUUCCAAAGGCGUUGGUGGCUUCCAUUAUGGUGGAAUCAGUUCUUAAGUUUAGCAAAAACAGGACUUCACGUCAUGUACAAAACGUGAUGUUUUCAAUCCAUCCCAGUGACCAUCAAACCAUCCAGGCUUUUACAGAUGAAUUCAACAAAAAGUUUAACAUCCAGUCAUCCUUAGCAAGUGGCUCCAGCAAAGGCCCGUUUUCAGUGGUCACCUCACCAAAGGCAGGGAUUUAUCAGACUACGAUGGGAGGAGUUGUGCUUCAGGUUCUCAGUGGUGACAUCACUAAGGAGACAACUGAUGUCAUUGUAAACUCAAGCAAUGACAAUUUCACACUAAAGUCAGGUGUCUCAAAGGCUAUUUUAGAUGGAGCAGGUCCAAAUGUUGAAGCUGAGUGCCAGCUACUAGGAGAACAGCAAAAUAAUGGACUGAUAAUGACCCAACAAGGGAACCUUCAGUGCAAAAAGAUCAUCCAUGUUUCAGCAACAAGUAAUCUUGCAACAAUCCAAAAACGAGUUAAGCAAGCAUUAAAAAUGUCUGUGAAGCAGGGGUUCACCUCCAUUGCCUUCCCUGCCUUUGGAACAGGUCAGGGUGGAGUUAAUGCAGGCCAUGUUGCAGACUGCAUGAUGGAUGCUGUAGUUGACUUUUUGACACAGACUCCACAGUCUUCACUCAAAAUGGUGCGCAUUGUGAUCUUCCAGGCCCCCAUGUUGGUAGAUUUUCAUCAGAGUAUGGUGAAAAGAGAAGCCACUGAAAAGCAGAAGAAUGACAGUACCUGGUCAAAACUUACCUCAUUUACCAAAUCGUUGUUUAUGGGCUCUAAGACCAAAGAUACCAAGUCACCACAAGAGAAGGACUUUGUAAUCGAGGACAAGGUGGUGACGCUGGUUUGCUUCUCCAUCUGUGGACCUUCCAAAACCCACGUAGAUGAAACCAAGCAGUUUCUUGAAAAGCAGAUCUCAGAAGAUCAGGCAUUUCAGCACAUCAGUGAUUCAAUGAUCCACAAAUUGUCUGAGAAAGACAGACAACGAAUCCAGGAACUACAACGAACCAUGGAUGUUAGAGUGAAAGUUGAGCACAAGACUCAGGCGGCUACAGCAGCAUAUUCGGAGGAGGUCACACUUACAGUAGAGGGUCUCAGCAGGGAUGUCCUGGUGGUUGUAGGUGAGAUCAACACCAUGCUGAAAACAACAAGAGAAGAAGUGACCUUGAAGAAGAGCAUGGAAUUAACAGCUGAGCUGGUAGACUGGCAAUACCAACAGAGUGGCCAGUUCCAUAGCUUCGACCUAGCUACAAACUUCCAACUAGAAAAAGCAUUUUCUCUGAAGUCAAGUAAACAAGUGGACAUCACUUUUCAAAAAGAAGUGUACAAAGUCAGUAUGCCAGAGGGUCCUGCUGUGAGGGCUAGUGGUGGUAACCAGAUGGAAAUCAGGCGUGUUGACAAAACCAGAGACACUGAGAACUUCCCAAAGGAAUGGGUCGUCAUGGCAUCUAAUGAGCCACACAAAAUUUGUCCACUGCAAAUUAGCAGCAAAGAGUACAAUGAUGUCCUGGGCCACUUUAGAAAAACAUGUAAUAACAAUGUUCUUAAGAUUGAACGGAUACAGAAUCCUCGCAUGUGGAAGAACUACCAAAAUAACAAGCAACAUAUGGAACUAAUGAAUGGCCAUCAGAACAAUGAGAAGAUGCUGUUUCAUGGAACCAGAGAAGAGUCAAUAAGCCACAUAAAUCAAAAUGGCUUCAACCGGAGCUAUGCAGGGAAAAAUGCUGCAGCCUAUGGAAAAGGCACCUACUUUGCACUUAAUGCAAGCUACUCUUCCAGCCACACAUAUUCAGUACCAAAUGCACAAGGACAGAAACACAUGUAUUUCUGCAGAGUUCUCACUGGAGACUAUACACCUGGAAACUCAACAAUGAUUGAUCCGCCUCCCAAAACCGCUAAUGGCACAGAUCUCUAUGACACUGUGGUGGAUAACACAUCUCAUCCAACCAUCUUUGUGGUGUUCCGUGAUUACCAUGCAUAUCCUGAAUAUUUAAUUACUUUUACCUGAACUGUAAACCAAAGAGGGCUGCAUGAUUCCUGAACACAAACCCAACAUAGUGCCUUGUAUUGUUCAGCCUCCAUGAACUUUUCCCACAGUUUGUAGUGUUGCAACCUGGAACCGAAAUGGACUUAUAUAUCAUCAAUCAGCACAAAAUAAUCCAUAAUAGUGAAGCGUGGAAUCUAUUUAAUUUGAAAAAGUAUUUACAAAAAAUAUGAAAGUUGUGAUUGCAAAAAUAGUCAAUAUCAGUUCUGGUGCAAGAAAAUCAAGAAGGAGAACUGUAACUCUGUCUAGAGGAGGAUGUCCUCUGAAACCCAGAGAAUCAACCAAGCUGCAAAGGCUAACUCUGAGCACAGUGCUACCACCACCAUGCUUCAUGAUGAGGUCAUUCCAUUUCAAGUGAUCCAAUAAUCGCAAAGUUGAUUGCUUGACCAUUUUUAAUUUUCCUUUUUUUUUUUUUUGAGUGAUUACCUCUAUGUAUUGUCAUUGCAAAAUCAAAAAUCAUAGUUAAACCAAGUAAAAUAAAAAAGAAAUGGUAGUUUUGUGAUGCCAAUACAUAGAGGUAAUCACAAUUAAAAAAAAAAAAAUUAAUUAAUUAAAAACAGUCGAGCAACCUUCAUUGGACCACUUGAGAUAGGAUGACAGAUUGGGGAAUGGUGUUCUCAGGGUCCACCAAACAAAGUGCUUUAUGCCAAGGCCGAAAAAGUCAACUUUUUUCCAUGCUUGCUGAGUCUCCAAUAUGCCUUUUGCCAAAGGGGAUCUUGUAUUUUUUUGCAAUGCCAACCCAUCUGAGCUAUGGGUCUCUUCGGCUCUUUCAGACUUUCCCUUUGUCCUCUUGGUUGCUUCUCUGACUAAUGCCCUCCUUACCUGAUCAUUUGGUGGAUGGUCUCCUCUAGGCAGAGUGACAGGUGUGUCAUUUAAUUUCCAAGCUUUAAUAAUGAAUUUAAUGUAGGAUAUCCAACAUUUGGGAUAUUUUUUAUGAUAAACAACCACUGAUACACACUUUUCCAGAACUUUGUCCAGGGACUUUGAAAAUGGACAAAAUGUGGAAAAUACAAUACUGUAUCUAACAAAUGUGUGAUGCAAACUGCUUGAAGGACCAUGUUUCAGUUGUGUUUUACAAAAAAGGCAUGCAAUGCUGCUUUUAGGUUUGUUCAAAAUACGAUUGUCUUUACACUGCUUUUAUUUUUGAACAGCAAAACAGCUGGUUCAAGUCUAUAAGAACUAUUAACACGGUAGACAAGUUUAUCACAUAUUUCUGUUGAUGUAGUUUUUUUCAAGUCACUGAUAGGACAGUGGUAUUUUUAGUUACAUCAGUAUAGCAAUAUCCUUAGCUUACAUCCAAAAACUAAGGAAUGUGAUGCUGUGCUGUGACUUGUACAGUUUAUUAAUGCUUUGUGCUGCUGUCUUCACACUGAUUUCCAAAUCAUGAUGCACUUUGAUUUUGUUUACAGAGAAGUUAA